AUGGAAGAAAAAAUCAUUGAAUACAUUGCUAGAAAAGAAAUAAAAGAGACUGGACUAUUUCUUGAUACUGUUGACUUAAAAGAAAUAAAAAAUUUGAUUAUCAAUCUAUUGAAAGAUGAUUCAAAAUUUUAUAAUGAGAAUAGUACAGGAUGUUUUGCAAUAAUUUGUACACUUUUUAAAGCCUCAGUAACAGAUGAUUUAAAUGGAGAGAAAAAAGCUCUUGAGGAUAGAGAAUUGAGAAACGGAAGACGUUGCACAAUUAUACAAGAAAUUCUUAGAUGGUUAUGCGAAAAAGGAAAUGAUACUACCUCACAUUUUGAUAAAAUAGUUUCAGAUUUAGUGGGGAUAUGUAUUAACGAGAUCUCUAUUGGUACUACUGAUUCUCCUGUAAUGAUUGAAAUGUUUGUAGAUAUCUCUACAAGUAUUAUACAGGCUAUCAAACGCGGAAUUCCCUUGCAUGGAAAAUUAUUUUCAUUUUUACCGAUAAUGUUAUCUGCUUUUGAUUCUUGCAAUGAAGUAGUAUCUGGCAAAAAUUCAACUGGCUACUCUAUGACAGGUCAAGAUUAUAAAGAUGAUAUUUUAAAUAAAUUAUGCAACACAAAAUGGCAUACAAGUAAUGUGUUAAGUUUAGCUGGAGAAUUUCGUGAUAUUCCAAUGUCUAAUGAACAGUUGCGUUUUGUCGCAGAAAAAAUUAUGAGUCAUUUUGAUGUAAUUGAUAUUAAUGAAGUUCCCCCACUUGUUUAUCAGAUUCUCUUGCUCUCUAGAAAGGGACAUAAGCGUUUGAUCUUGCAAGGAAUUGCAGAUUUUUUUAAUAGAUUGGAUGAUGAAAUACUUGAUGAAAAAAGAGAAAACGACUCCGUCGCCUCGUUAUCGUUUUCGCAAUUGAGUCAUAUGGAAGGCACAGCAAUUAUUCAUAUAUGUUUCGCAAUUACCCAAGAUCAGGAAUUAGGAAGUGAAUUUAUCAAAUAUAUGAAGUCGGAUAAGACUUCUUUUUUGAAACCGUUUAGUAUCGCUUGUUUAUUGUCAAUCGCAAGGAUACAUCGAUUCGAAGAUCAGGCUCUCGAUUUACUCAAGACAUCAAUAUUGGUUACUUUUAAGGAUAAGGAAAAGAUGGGAAAAGCAAAAUGGAUAUCUAGUGGCAAUUUUUCAAAAAUAAUUUCUUCGGUAUCAUUAUUUGAGCUUUUCCAAAAUAUAAUGCAAAAGACUUCCUUUGGAUGGGAUCAAGUCACUCAAAGUUUAGUACAAUUAGGAAUAAUUUUGAUUGAUUUAGCCGUUCCUUCUGCACAAUUUGGAAAGGUUUCUGAUACAAAUAGGACAAAAAAAGGAACUAUCGCACCUAAUGAAAUGACUAAGCUAGGAACAACAAUAUUAUUAGAGAUGUUCAAGAUCCAUGAUAUGGUCCGCGCAGAAAUAUUAGAUCAGCUUCAGUCUCGAGUUAUUUCAAAAUCAUUAAGUGUUGAAUACUUUCUGAAUUUGUUGGAAUUAAUUGUAAAAGAAACCCCACAUUAUCUUUAUAAUUAUAUAUCCAGAAUUAAAGGAACACUCGAUUAUUUAUCAUUUUUAUCUAUUACAACGGCUGAUAGUCUAUUGAAGGCAUUACAACCAUUAUUUUAUGAGAAUCAUUCUCUACGUGAUGGGCUAAUGGUGAUACUGCGAAAGGGUUUAUUCACAAAGGAAUUGGAAGGGCGCCAGAUCGCAUUGUCCGGAUAUUUGAGACUGUUAAAAAUGCCAGCGGCAAAUAAUCGAAGAUUAUGUGUAAUACCUCAAAUGCGAAUGAGUAAUUCUAAUGAUUUAUUUGAUAAUCAAAAUUCUCUCUCAUUUGAAAUUUUAGGUAAUCUACGCAAGUGUUUCAGUCAACAGCCACAACUUAGACUAUCUUUAUAUGAAGGUUUACUAGAAUUGAUGGAUGUUCAUCAACAUCUCAACCCAAUAAUUUUUGACAUUCUCUAUCCACAUUUCCAACAAUUUUUUGAACAGGGGUCAUCUCUAUAUGCGACAGUUCACAUUGAAAGUUGUAUAGAAACUUUAAAUGGUGAACCACAUAUUGUUGAACCUUUACCUUAUUUAUUGAUUUGCUUAAGCAAAUCAUUUACAGCUUUUAAGAUGAUUAAUGAUGGUAAUGAAGGUUGGGCAUUUAAGUUACGUAAUUACUCAAAGUCUCGACAAACUCAAUUAAAAUACACGUUUAUCAAUUUAGAAGAUUCUCAAUUCAAUAAAAUUCAGCUUGAAGAAUGUAAAAUGAACUUUCAAACUUUAGUUGACCAGCUAAUACAUUCAGACAUGUCUGAAUUCUUGAUUCACCCAAACGCCGAUUUCAAAAUGAAUUCUAAUGAGGGUUGUCGUAAUAAUAUGUGCGCAUCUAUUCUACUUGGAAUGUAUGAGGCAGCAAUCGAACACUCAUUCUUGGCUUCUGAACCCACUAUAGAAUUAUCAGAGAUUAUUUUAAGGUUAUUUAAAAGAUAUACUGCACUUUUUGAAGUUCUAAAAGAAAAGUCGGUUAAUGCUCGAGGUCGUAAGAUAGUAACAUCCAUAACAGAAAAUUCGAUUUUAAGUUUCAAAUGUAUUACUGAACUUUGUAAGUUCACUUUCCAAGAUAUUAAUGAUCCAGAACUUUAUGUUGUAAAUACCGCUUUGAGAGCCGAUGCAGGAUUUGUAAAAUAUAUUACUGCAGUAGCAUAUAAUAAAAUAUCACAGAUUACAUCAAAUUUUAAUCCUGAAGAUGACGAAACACUUGGCUAUUGUACAUCAUUAACUCAAGUGUUCAUGAAUGAAUUUAUUAAAAAUAAUAAAGCAAGUAUCGCUACUCGUCAAGAAGAUGGUAAUAAGAAGGACAAGUCCAUUUUUGAAAUUGCAAUCGAAAGUUUUGCGCUUUUGGUUCAAGCAGUUUCGUCUUAUUGGCCAGACAAGCUAAUUGAUUUCUUAGCUCUUUCUUACCCAUCUGAAUUGACGGAUGAAUUAAUCCCUAAAGAUUUAAAUGGAUGGUUAAACUUAUACAUUCGAGAAUUUGAGCACUUAAUUAUCGCAUCUCUUAAUGAAAGGAUUCCUCAUAUAAAGGAAGCAUUAGUAUUAUUUCAAACCAUAAGUUUAUUAGCAUCUCAUUUUACUCGCCCAAUCGAUAAUUCUAAUCCACAUGAAUAUUCAGAACAAUUGGUCACUUGGCUUAAAUCAUUAUGUAAAGAACGUGUCAUUGAAGAUACUAUCCUCGCCAAAAAUAUAAUAACCCUAUUAAUAAAAUUAGAGAAAGAUAUGUCGGAUUUUGGAACAAUCGCAGAAAUCGCGCAUGAUAUAUUGGUUGUAUUAGGUGAUAUCAAUGGCGCUACAGACGGAAUUGAAAUGAAUCCUAAGUUCGUUAUCGUCAAUCCAAGAACCAGUGGUAUAAUAUGUAGCGUCUUGAUCGGAUUUAUAGAAAGUAUGUACGAAGAAAUAGAAUGGUUUUUGAAUAGGAUGAAGUUAAUGUGUAGUACAAAAGAUACGGAUCUUAAUAAUGAAAUGCUUGAUGUUGAACAAUCGAUAUGCGUAAGAUUAAUGACAUUAAUAAAUGCCACAAUAUAUUUGGAGCAAACGUCACUUCAAGACUCUUCUUCUGAACAAUUGAUUAAAUGUCUUCAAAAGACUUAUAAAGUCAUGAUAGCAUUGAUUAAAUACAAAAUUGCUGAGGGAGGCGAGAUUCUUAAGCAUUUCAUAGAUGUAAUCGAAUUAACCGGCUUACAGUUGACUGAGAAUUUGUACAAUUUGCUAUUAGCAUUUGGUUCAAAACCAGAAACCAAUAGGUUAAUUGUUGGUAAAAAGCGUAAGCUUAAAAGUAAUCUUACUAUUCAAAAGGCGCGAAUUGCCAGAGAAUCCAAGAUAAUUCCUCAUUUGAUUUUUCUAUUAGAGCAAUAUGAACGUUUUCUAAUUCAGUUAACAAAAAAGUCUAAGAUCGAUCUGACACAAUUUAUUAAACGGGCUACAAAUCGAGAUUUUAAAAUUAAAACGGAUCUAAUGGACGAAUUAGAUGUUGAUAAUGAUAAAAAUUCAAAGCCGAAUAAGCCUACAAGACGAGAAGUUGAUAAUGAUGAUGCUUUGGAAAGUCAUCAAACUAAACGUCAUCGAUCUUAA